AUGGGCGCCCCAGACGCCUCCUCGCCCUACGCGCAACCCCCACCCUCCAAGCGCCAACGACAGUCGUCUCUCGAAGAAGUCGGAACAGCCUCCACCACGACCACGACCACGACCACUACCGCUGCCGAGCAGCCGUCGCCUCAUCAGUCGAUCGACUCCAAGGCAUCCGCCAGCAGCAACUUCCGCAACGUCAGCGCCUGCAACCGCUGCCGCCUCCGCAAGAACAGAUGCGACCAGCGCCUCCCCAGCUGCGCGAGCUGCGCAAAGGCCAACGUCGCCUGCGUCGGCUACGACCCCAUCACCAAGAAGGAGAUUCCCCGGAGCUACGUCUUCUACCUGGAGACGAGGGUGGAGCAGCUCGAGGGGCUCCUGAGGGACCACGGCAUCGACUUCCCCGCGGCGGAGAACCUCGAGAACUGCUCGCGCCCCGCGGGCAAGGACGAGGACGGCGGUGCUGGCAAGGAUGGGAGGCCGCGCAACCCAGCCGUCGAGACGCUCAGCCAUCAGAAGAGGAAUCCGACGUCUGCCUCGGCCUCGGCCUCGGCGGGUGGCAGCGCACAGAGCCCCGCCAUGCAGAACAUCUCGUCGAAGCCGAAAUCCCUCGCCUCCGCCUCGGGCGUGUCGUUUGCGCGGGUCGUCUUUGCGGCAGUACAGUACUCCGUCUCUGACCAGAGCGGGCACCCGCAGGAUCGGCGACAUCCCGGCGGUACGAGCGGCACCUCCAUGAGGGACUCGUUCUUUGGGUUACAUACCAAGCCGAGCAUCCAGCCUGCGACGUUCCCGAGCCGCGACGUGGGCAUGCGACUCGUCACACUGUACUUUGAGCACGCGAAUCCGCAGAUCCCGAUUAUGCACCGAGGCGAGUUUAUGAAGAUGUUCGAGGUUGCAUAUGCGCAACCCCCGCAGGGACUGGGCCCGCGAGAGUCCUAUGUGCUCAACAUGGUGUUUGCGAUUGGCUGCGGCGUCAUUGUCGGGGAGCCGGUCAAGAGCGAAACGUCAAGGAUGGCCGUCGACGGCGGGCAGUGCCAACCCGAGGAGUAUCAUGCGAGUGCCAUUGUCCAUCUCGAGGCUUGCCUGAGCAACUCGGGCGGGGGGCUGGAGGUUCUGCAGGCAGUGCUUCUUCUGGCCAAUUUUGCGUUGUUGAGACCCGUGCCGCCCGGUCUGUGGUAUAUCAUAGGUGUGGCGGUACGGCUGGCCGUGGACCUGGGCCUACAUCGCGAAGAUGGCAUGGACGUGGAGGCAUUACCAGAGGCGCCGCUGGACGGCGAAGCCACGGAUGGCAGCAGCACGCGACCUCGAGAGGGCAGCGCCCAGGAGCGAGGUAGGCGACAAUGGAUACGCGACAUGAGGCGGCGGCUGUGGUGGUGCACGUACUCGUUCGAUCGGCUCGUGAGUACCUGUGUCGGACGGCCGUUUGGGAUCAGCGACCAGGUCAUCACGACUGACUUGCCUUCGAUACUGGACGACGACUACAUCACGCCCGGAGGUAUCAUGGAGUCGCAGAACAACGAGAUGCUGCCAAGUUACAAGCACGUUGCGCAUCACUACUUUCGUCUCCGCAUGUUACAGUCGGAGAUCCUACAGGUCUUGCAAUACCAACAGUCACAGAUCGCCAAGGCGGGUCCGCAGGGGAUCAUGUACCCCGAGAUGCACACACAUCUGCCCUCACCAUUCUUAGUGCAGUUCGAUUCCUUCCGAUCAUGGCGGCGCAGCAUCGAUGAGAGACUAUUCAACUGGAAGCAAUCAGCGCCGACGCGCCACGAGACGGGCGUGGCAUUCUCGACAGAGUUCCUUGAGCUGAACUACUGGCAGGCUAUCAUCACCCUCUAUCGCCAGAGUCUGAGCGUGCCAGCCAUGUUUGAGGGCGAGUACAACACGUCCAACGAGGUGGAUAGCCCCCAAGGCUUCACCACGGCGGAAUCGAGAGAGGACGAGGAUAAGGUCUAUCUCAAAGUAGCGGAAGCAGGUCAGAAGAUCUUGAGGAUAUACCGACAGCUCCAUCUCACGGGGUUGGUGAGCUACACCUACCUCUCAACACAUCACCUUUUCAUGGCGGGCAUCUCGUACCUGUACGCCAUCUGGCACUCGCACACGGUACGCAGCUGCUUGACCAUGGACGAGGUGGACUUUACCGUCCUGGCGGCCAAGUCCGUCUUCACCGACAUGAUCGACAAGUGCCCCCCUGCCGAGACCUGCCGCGACGCCUUUGACAGGACGGCGAGGGCAACCAUCAAAAUGGCCAGCUCGAACGGUGGCUUCGGAGCCCAGGCGUCCGCGUCGAUGGCAGCCGCCGCCGCCCAGCGCCAUCACCACAGAACGCAUUCGACAAACUGGCUCUCUGCGCUGGAUCCCCCAACACCUACGCCUCAGCAAUCACAGCACCGAAGCCGUCCAUCCGAGCACCAGCAGCAGCCUUUUCAUUUUGACCUCUCCCUCUCGGACACACUGUCCUCGCCCACCAUGUCUGUGCAAGGCGGUGACGUGGCUUCCAAGCACUCGCCGGCCCUGUCGCAGCAGGCGGCUGCUGCUGUUGCUGCACGUGGCUACGACAAUGAGUACAUGAUGACUUCGCAGGACAACCACGCGGUGAGUCCCGCGUCUAGCAUCAAGCAGGAACCCAACAACAGCCAACGGCAGCCGCCCCAACCGCCACCGCUGCGGCGCCUCCACUCGCACCCCGCAGGGAACAACAAUAACAAUGCGUUCAUGGGACAGCAGUUUGGGCUCCAGGGCUCCAUGGACUACCCGGACACGCCGACCAUGGAUUUCUUACAGAGCCUCGGCGCCGCGCCCAACGGCGGCGACAUGGGCAGCAGCGUCGACCAGGCGCAGGUCGAUCUUGGCUUUGGCAUCAACUGGGAAGGCCUGCCGAAUGACUAUGGGGACAAUCAGCAGAUGAACCCGUUUGAUACUUUUUUCUUUGGCGCACAACAGCAAGGCGGAGGGGGCCCCAACGGGAACAUGGGUCUGUAA